AUGGCCACUGGCGUGGAGUGGGAAAAUCAAGUAGUCCAUGAGAAUGUUUCCACCGGGAAGUUUGUCUCCGAGGAACCGAGCGCCGUUGUGGAUCACACGCAAGGGAUGCAUGUUGAUGUAAAAUCUUUUAUGGAGACAUACUUUGCCUCCUGUCUUCUCAUCGGUGAGCCGGACAUGGAAGGCCUUUGCCAAUUGUGUCACGAUCCCGAUGCUGAAGGGAACAAUCCCGAAGGUGUCUCCUCUGAGACCGGGCCCUCCUCUAACCCUUAUGCUUAUUCGCUUCUGAUCCUAGGUGGGUUAUGUGGUCCGUUAAGGGUUCGAAUUCUUCUCAAAGGUUAG